GUUUUGAAACACGCCAGUGGGAAAAGCAACAGGCAGUUUCACUCGGUCACUCGGCGAACGGGCAACAGCGCGAAAAAAUAAGUGCCGCAAAUAAAAUCAGCAAAUUGCAUUUGAGACAAAAUACUUGCAGAAAAAACACACAAAAUGAGCGGAAAAGCCGAUAUCGCACUCAUUGGCCUGGCUGUAAUGGGUCAGAAUCUCAUACUGAACAUGGACGAGAAGGGCUUCGUCGUCUGCGCCUACAACCGCACGGUGGCCAAGGUCAAGGACUUUCUCGCCAACGAGGCCAAGGGCACCAACGUGAUCGGCGCGGACUCGCUCCAGGACAUGGUCUCCAAGCUCAAGACUCCGCGCAAGGUCAUGUUGCUGGUCAAGGCUGGCAGCGCCGUUGAUGACUUCAUCCAGCAGCUGGUGCCACUACUCUCGCGUGGCGAUGUGAUCAUCGAUGGUGGCAACUCCGAGUAUCAGGACACAUCCCGCCGCUGUGACGAGCUGGCCAAACUGGGCCUGCUCUAUGUGGGCUCUGGCGUUAGUGGCGGCGAGGAGGGUGCCCGUCAUGGACCCUCGCUGAUGCCGGGUGGCCACGAGGCCGCCUGGCCCCUCAUCCGGCCCAUCUUCCAGGCGAUCUGCGCCAAGGCCGACGGCGAGCCCUGCUGCGAAUGGGUGGGCGAUGGCGGUGCCGGUCACUUCGUCAAGAUGGUGCACAACGGCAUCGAAUACGGCGACAUGCAGCUGAUUUGCGAGGCGUAUCACAUAAUGCAGAGCCUGGGUCUCUCCGCUGACCAGAUGGCCGAGGAGUUUGGCAAAUGGAACUCGGCGGAGCUGGACUCCUUCCUCAUCGAGAUCACACGUGAUAUUCUCAAGUACAAGGACUCAAAGGGACAUUUGCUGGAGCGGAUUCGUGACACCGCCGGCCAGAAGGGCACGGGCAAGUGGACAGCCAUCGCUGCUCUGCAGUACGGGGUGCCCGUGACGCUAAUUGGUGAGGCGGUCUUCUCGCGCUGCCUGUCGGCUUUGAAGAAUGAGCGUGUCCAUGCCAGUGGACUGCUCAAGGGACCCGCCACCAAACCCACCGUUACCAACAAGGCCAAGUUCCUGGACGACAUCAAGCAUGCCCUGUACUGCGCCAAGAUCGUGUCCUAUGCCCAGGGAUUCAUGCUGAUGCGGGAGGCGGCUAGCGAGAACAAGUGGAGGCUCAAUUAUGGCGGCAUUGCGCUGAUGUGGCGCGGUGGCUGCAUCAUUCGCAGCGUGUUCCUGGGCAACAUCAAGGACGCGUACACGUCGCAGCCGCAGCUCUCCAAUCUGCUGCUGGACGACUUCUUCAAGAAGGCCAUCGAACGUGGCCAGGACUCGUGGCGCGAGGUGGUGGCCAAUGCCUUCCGCUGGGGCAUCCCUGUGCCGGCCCUGUCCACAGCCCUCAGCUUCUACGAUGGCUAUCGGACGGCCAAGCUGCCCGCUAACCUGCUGCAGGCCCAGCGUGACUACUUUGGCGCCCACACCUACGAGUUGCUGGGGCAGGAGGGCAAGUUCCAUCAUACCAACUGGACGGGCACCGGCGGCAAUGUCUCCGCCAGCACCUAUCAGGCAUAGGUACAUCUCCUUCCCCCUUCACACAUUCCAUGUACGGUGUCUUUAGCUGACUUUUUUUUUUUAUACUGGAGUACUUGUAGUACUUAUUUAUACCAUAUAUAAUAUAUAUUGUAAUGUAUAUAUAUAAUUUCAUAUUUGUUGUUAAACAUAACAUUAAAUUGGUGUUUUUUUUGCUAGCAAA